AUGGUAUGGUUUCUCCCUUAUAAGGCCAAUGUUACAUUUGACGAUAGUGAUACCGCCUGUACUCUUUUGUUAUCACUAACGAAAAAACAGCGAAGGUUAUGCAUAAAACAUCCCUACGCUAUCACUUAUAUCAUAUCAGCUUUGAAGGCCGCUAAAAGCGAAUGUCGAAAUCAAUUUAAAGACAACCUUUGGAAUUGUUCGAUUGUAGAAAAGGAAUUCCUUGCAUCACAACUUAAAAGAGCAACUCGUGAAACAGCAUACAUAUUUGCGCUAUCAUCAGCAUCAGUAAGUCGAGUAAUUGCUCGAGCUUGUUCCGAGGGGGCUCUUACUAGUUGCAGCUGUGGUGCACAACCUAGACGAAUACCAAAACACUUUAUAUGGUCAGGAUGUUCGCACAACAUUCGUUAUGCAAACAAAUUUGGCCGCAAAUUUUUUGAUGAAGUCGAAUUAAUAGCGGCAAACGAUGCUCGUGCUAUGGUGAAUUUGCAUAAUAACCGCGUGGGUCGUCGAAUACUGUCGAAGAAUAUGCGUCGCAAAUGUAAAUGUCAUGGUUUAAGUGGUUCAUGUAUUGUGAAAACAUGUUGGAAAGUAGUACCUGAGCUAAUCGUUCAAACAGCUGAUAAUGGCAAUGCAUUAAUUCUAAAGACUGGACCACGAUCAUUACGAACUGGCCGAUUCGUAGGAUUUUCGAAAAAAAUGGUGGCUAGAAAUGAAUUAGUUUUCCUAAAUGACUCUCCCGAUUACUGUUUGAUUGAUGAAAUUAAUGGUCUGAAAGGAUCGCAGGGUCGUGAAUGUAAUCAAAACUGCGACGAAUAA